AUGUCGGCCAACACCAAGUACACGCCGGCUCCGCAGGAGGACCCCGACGUCAACUAUGCGCAGCCGCCCCCUUCAUACCAGGCCGAGAGCAGCUCCGCGCAGGACCAGGAGCGUCUCUUUUCCGGCCCGCGCAGCAGCGAGGACAACCUUCCCGAUGACUUCAAGUUUGGAGGUUCCGUCGCCGAAGCGACUAUCGAGAUCCGCAACCAGUUUAUCCGCAAGGUCUACACCAUCCUAACUGUUCAACUCAUUGCGACCGGUGCUGUCAGCGCCCUGAGCUUCCUCAGCGAAGGCUACAAGUCAUGGAUCCAAACACACCCCGCUAUCGUCUGGAUUUCGUUGUUCGGCUCCAUGGCCUGCAUGAUGCUCACCUACUGGAAGCGCCACUCGUACCCGACCAACCUCCUGUUCCUGUCCGCCUUCACCCUUCUCGAAGCCUACACCGUCAGCGUGAUCGUCUCCUUCUACAGCGCCGGCAUCGUGCUCAACGCAGUCUUCCUGACAGCAGGCAUCUUCCUCUUCCUGACGGCUUUCGCUUGCCAGACCAAGUACGACUUCACCAGCUGGAUGCCCUACCUCUUCGGCGCGCUGUGGGGUCUCGUCAUCUUCGGUUUCAUGUCCUUCUUCCUGCCGCACACCAGCACCACCGAACUCAUCUACGGUCUGCUCACGGCUCUCAUCUUCAGCGGUUACGUGCUGGUUGAUACUCAGCUGGUGCUGCGCAAGCAUCACGUUGAGGAGGAAAUUGCUGCUGCGAUCAGCUUGUAUCUGGACAUCAUCAACUUGUUCCUGGCUAUCCUUCGUAUUCUGAACAGCCAGAGCAACAACUAA